CAUGAGUCAACCUUUACAAAUGUUUAGUGCGAGUUCGUAGUAAACUGUGUUCAAGAAAUUCAUAAUGCUCAGAUUGUUAUAUAUUUAUAACAGAAUUAAUAUUUAAACCGUUUGAAACAUGAACGCAGAAGGUUUUAGACGUCAGCAAAUGCACGGAGCGCGGACCGCCAAAAGUGACCAACGUUUUGAUGCGAGCAGACGACUAGAGAUAUUGAUUGACCAAACGACAGAAGAGACGGAAGAAAAAAAGCAUGAUUCAAGAACAAAUGUGGAAGAUAAUAUCAAAGAAGUCAUGAAUCCGAAAGAUGAGAUUAAAAUCUUGAAACACUGGGGUAUCUUGAAGAAAUCCCUAAAACUCGCAGACGUAAUCGACCCUCUCAUAGAGAAGGGGAUGUUUUCACCGGCACAGUGGAUGGAACUUAAACGAAACGGGAAAUCCGAUCCAGAUACAGUCGAAGAUUUUUUAUACAUGCUUAUUAAAUCUUCCUCUGAGAACUACAUCAUCUUCAUUGAAGCGCUAAAAUCCCAUGGUUACAGUCACCUGGCUAGUCAAUUGGAAGGUCAUCUGGCGGAUGAAUACACACCAGCGUCCUCGUCAUCAGGUAGUUCAGUAAGUAGCCGAAAGGUUGGUCGACCUCCAACAGUCGGGAGAAUAUAUUCCAGACAGGCCCUAUCUGGCGCGGUAUCCAUACCGGACCCGAGGAACGGCGCCGCAGGGGCGAUCACCGAGGAAAGGGAGACGACUCUCGACAGCACCGUCAAGCAGGAGGACCUCAUCAGAAUGAAGGAGGAGAUCACGGGGGAGCUGCGUCAGUUGCGUGCCAACAUCGAGAAGGACCGCGCCCAGGACAGACUCGAACUCAAACUGCUACAGCACAAGCACGUGGAGCUGCAAGAGGACCUGGCUAAGGCUAAGGAGGAUCGCAACCACAUUAAGGCGGAGCUUGAGAGCUUCACGGAAACCGCGAAGCGUCUGAAACAACAGAUCGACUCAAAGCAAGCCGAAGUUAAAAAAAUGGGGGAGAAAAAUAGAGAUUUAGAAGGUCAGCUGAAAACCAAGACUGGGCACUUAGAGAACGAGAUUCGUCAGAAGCAGACGGAGAAGGAGGAAUUGGAGGCCUCGCUGCAGACGAAAGAUGCCGAGUACAGGCGGCUGCAGGGCGCCCUCGAGCGGCUGAAGGAGGAGCAUGAGGAGCGCCACGGACGCCUGAAGGCGCUGACGCGCGACAAGGUCGCCUUGGAGAAGGAAGUGCAGCUGCUCACAAAGGACAAGCGCAACCUGGAGGUGAAGAUACGGUCCCUGGAGCAGCAUAUCAGAAUCCUGCAAGAGAAGCACACCCACGAGACUGAGGACAUCCGGCAACAGAUAGACCGGCAGGCAACACUCCUAGAGGCGAAGGAACGCGAGCGACAAGACCUCCAGCGGAAACUGGAGGACCGGGUCCGGGAAAACGAGAAUAUCAAACGCGAGAAGUUGAGCCUCGAAGAGCACCUGCAGAAAACCCAGAACGAGAACGCGAACCUGCAGAUCAAGCUGAAGCAGGCGGACCUUUCCAAGUACGCCCUGCCACCUUUCCUGACAAGCUCGAGGAGCUCGCGGACAGGGUGGCAUCCCAAGAAUUUAAAACGUUGAGUCGACUGUUCAAAUAUUGGAGUUAAACCUGUUGUUGUACAUACAUGAACACGUGUAUUUGAUCAUUGAUUCUCCUUAAAUACUGAAAACAAAGAUAAAAGAUAUGUGUAUUUGUUAUAUCGUUGGAUUUGGUCGGUUUAUAUCGUUCUUAUCGGAAAGCAACAAGUUCAUAUCCUCAAAGAAGCAGUUGAAUCAUUACUAUUAAGCUUAGUUCCUUUAAGAAUGAAAGUGUAGAUAUACAAAACAGUUUCCUGGAUGAUUCUUAUGAAUUCAGUAUUGAUAACCAAAACAUAGUUUAUAUCAUUAUGAA